UCAGUCCUCUUUCUUUCCCUCCCAGUCCCCUUCCAUCCCGUUCAAUAAAUGUAAAGAAAGCAGACAAUAACACAGAUCCGGUCACCAAUUAGCAACAAGAUCUCGCUCAAACGGCCGGAAAGUUGGGGAGGACGAGGCUCACGACUCGCGAUCUGAUCGCAAACGAAGCUCAUUAUCUUAGACUGCCACGAAGGGGGAAGAUGAGGGGCGACGAUGGCGAGUGGCGGGAAUUCUGAGCGUAAGUUCUGUAUUCCUGUUCCUUUCGAGUGAUAAUCAUCAAACGGGAGUGGAGUGGUAGGAGUGAAUUGAAACACAAAUUUAAAGAAUUAGGAGGGAAAAUGGCCGCCAGGCAAAUGGAAGAGGUGCAGAAGAAAUUGGCGAUGCUGAAUUAUCCAAGAGCCAAUGCCCCUGCUCAGUCCCUCCUUUUUGCUGGGAUGGAGCGUUAUGCCUUGUUGGAGUGGCUCUUCUUCCGGCUGUUAGGUGAUAAGUCGCCCUUCUCUCAGCAAAACUUACAAGGGGAUGUUCUGGUUCGUGACGAUGAGACUGCUCGCAUUCAGUAUUUGGCCGAGAUUGCUAAGUUUUUGGGUAUCACGACUACCAUAGAUACAGAAGCCAUUCAAGGACGUGGAAGUUAUGAAGACCGGACUGAAAUGCUUCGACUUAUUGUUGAUCUAGUUGAGGCUAGCAUUUAUGCUGAUACUCCUGAAUGGAGUGUGGAUGACCAAGUGGCAAAGGACAUUCAAUUGAUAGACUGCAUUGCGGAAAAGCAAGCUCAGAUUUUUUCUGAAGAAUGCAAAUUGUUUCCUGCUGAUGUUCAGAUUCAAUCCAUCUAUCCAUUGCCAGAUGUUUCUGAGCUGGAGGCAAAGCUUUCUGAACAAUCGAAAAUCCUGUUGAAUCUUCAGCAGAAAGUUGAUGAUUUGGCAUCAAAGCAUGCUUACAAUCCAGACGAGGAGUAUACUGAGGUGGAAGCCAAACUGCGGGCACAUUUGGAAUCUUUCCUGGAAACUGCGAGAACUUUCAAUAUGAUUUACACAAAGGAAAUUCGUCCCUGGACACACAUGAUGGAGGUACCCCAACUACAUGGGUUUGGACCAGCUGCCAAUCGUUUACUGGAGGCCUAUAAAAUGCUUUUGAAGUUUCUGGGUAGCCUGAGGAAUCUUAGAGACUCUCACGCUGCUCUUGCUGUUGGAUCUUCUGAGACAACCGGAGAGCCUUCUUCUGUUACAAGAAUAAUAUCUGAAUGUGAAUCUGCAUUAACAGUCUUAAAUCGGGAUCUUGGAAUUCUCUCAGCUUCCAUUGAUCGUGAACGCGGAGGAAAGAUGAAUAUGUGAUGAAACAGUUCGAGAUAUGAAUGAUCAAGCAGCCUGGAAGUGAGAUUCAACUUCGGAAUGUUUUGAUAUAUGAUAUGGUAAAUUGAUUCAGUUGGCUGCACUCAUUGUCUUAAGAAAAUGGCAAGCAAUUCUUUAGUCACUAUUGUGCAUAGUAGGGCCCAAGUAUAAAUUUGUUGUUUGACAAGUUAUAUAUGUUGAUUAUUCCAUGCUUGAAUGCUCAAAGCUUGAUACUACUCAGCAGGAACUACUAUUACUGUUAACUCUCCGUUUGUACUACUCGCUUGGAACAAAAUACCGUUGUUUGAAAAUUCUUGAUUGACCAUAAUUUAAAAGAAAAAGUUGACAUGAAA